AUGGAGGCUAAACCAAGUCAAGGUCUUUACCCACUUCACCGUUGCAAAACCAUACAUCUGGUGAGGCAUGCUCAAGGGAUUCACAAUGUAGCAGGAGAGAAGAACCAUGAUGCUUACUUAUCUGAGGAUUACUUUGAUGCACAUCUUACACCUCUCGGAUGGCAACAGGUAGAUAAUCUACACAAACAUGUUAAGGCAAGUGGGAUCUCCAAUAAAAUCGAGUUGGUCGUUGUGUCGCCUCUGCUCAGGACUUUGCAAACCGCGGUUGGAACUUUUGGCGGUGAAGGUUUCCGAGAUGGCGUUAAUGCAACUCCGCUUAUGACGGCGGGUGCAGGAAACAGCCACCGUCCUGCCAUAUCAAGCUUAAAUUGCCCACCUUUUAUUGCCGUUGAAUCCUGCAGAGAACAUUUGGGUGUUCAUCCUUGUGACAGAAGAAGCAGUAUCACCAAGUACCGCGAGUUAUUCCCCGCUGUUGAUUUUUCAUUGGCAAGCACCUUAACCAUUUGUAUAGAAACUGACGAAGAUGUUUUGUGGAAGCCUGACAUCAGAGAGGAGAACAAAGAUAUUGCGGCUAGAGGCGUGAAAUUCAUGAACUGGUUGAGUACAAGGAAAGAAAAGGAGAUUGCUGUUGUUACUCAUAGUGGGUUCUUGUAUCAAACAUUAAACUCAUUUGGAAACGAUUGUGUUCCCACUGUGAAAAGCGAGAUUUCUUCGCAGUUUGCUAACUGUGAGCUUCGUUCGAUUGUUUUGGUGGAUAAAUGCAUGAGCAGCUCUGAUCCUCCGGUGACCAACUAUCCCGGAAAAAUACCUUUCGGGGAAGAUCUUCCAAGUGAUAUCGCUGAUGAGAAGUAG